CCCGCCGAUCCGAUUCAUUCCGAUUGCCGAUCCGACUUCUCGAUUCGAUUCUAGGCUCUCCUGCGCUCUUGGGGAGUCAAGCCCAUGGCUGCGCUGACGAUCCCGACGCUCUGCCGCCGCAGCGCCCCUUUGGUGUGGGGCGCGGCUCCUGCCUUCGCCGCCCCGUGGCGCAGCGAGGAUGUUCUUCUGCUCCCGGUGGCGUUCGGCAAACAGGUGGGUGCACGGCCGCCAGUUCUAGGACCGUUUCCUCUAGUGGUGGCGCACCCUGGAGUGGCCAGACCGUUGUGAUGCUCCUCCCCGCGACUCCUGCGGCACCGUGUGCCUGGUGGAGCUCACGGUACUCUACGAGAUUCAUACGCAGACGCGCCUGCCGUUGAAGGAAGGCCCGGCCCUGGCAAGUGGCAUUUGCCAGACCUGCACCCGUCCGCCGCCGUGUUGUCACAGACGCCCAAGGCCAAGGGCAUGCUCGUGCAGGCGGUGAUCACGAUGCUGGAGCAACACGCUGUGGGGUUCGCGGCGCCUGUCCGCUGCUACGCAGGUCCUGGCGCAUAUUUGGCUGCACGCACGAGGCGACCACACAAACCCUGACGACGCGGCCUCUGAUGGACUGCCGAAUUCUGAGCGCGCAGCUCGAGACCUUUUCUCGGGACCCCGCUGUCCGGUUGAGCAGCAGUCUGCAGAUGGACCACGUCUUCAAGACAGCCCUUGGCGGUGCUCGUCUGAUCGACGUCAUGGAGCGCGUCGUUGGCGCCGACCCUCUCAGCGAGUGCCUGGCCACGCACGGUCACGCCCGGAGCGCCCUCGAGACAGCUGAUCAUGAGCUUUCUGCCAAGCAGGAAGGCGGGAGACAGCAUGCGGCCGCUCUCCGUGCUCGUGCGCAGCAGAGCUCCGCUGCCCACGUGGUGGCGGAUGAUGUCGCGCCCGCGUGCCGCAUCCCUGCGCGCGUGGCCGACCAUCCUGCCAGGCUGGCGCGGCAGGGCAUCGCCUACGACGAGGGGGGCCCGCACCGCGCCCGCGCACGACUGCAUUUUGGGGCGCGUCCAUGAAACGCAGUCGUGUGUCUGCCGCUUCCAGAUGCCAUGCGUUCGGCUUCGAUGCGCAAGAGUCGCGUUGGAAGCGUUUCUUCUGUGACCGCGAGGCGGAUCAGCACGAGCUCAGCCGUGCGUGGCGGACGCCAUGCCUGGGUUUCCUAGGUGCUGCUUGGCCGGACGCAUGUCGUCCGAAUGCAGCCAGUCCGUCCUCUUCUGCUGCUGCUGCUGCUGGGGCCCGCAUCGGUGCUUCUUCGUCUUCUCGCACGGCCCGCGCUGGCGCUUCUCCUUUCUCCUCAUCGGGGCCCCGCAAUGGGGCCCACCCGUCUGCCCGUCCGUGAUUGUUAUUGCCGGGCCGCCGUUACGCCAGGUUUCCUUGCUUGCUGGGCGGCGCCC